AUGAAACCCCAUUUUCAGAACCCUCAAAGGAAAGAAAUGAUGGAGCAACAGCCUUUGCGUGGGCAUCUCUCUCACGCUCAUCAUCUUCAUCAUGGUACCAGUAAGAAGAAUACUUCUCUCGUGUAUGCAACGGGAUCCAACAUUGAUCAAAUGUUGGGAGUGAGGGUAAAUGCUUAUUUAAAUAAAAGGAAGAAUGCCGAAGAACGGAUGAGCUCAAAAAAGACUCCGUUGGAGCAGAGGAAGAGUUUAUUGCUGCAACGAAGUGAAGAGGAUCGAUCGGAAUCAAGCGAUGAAGAUACGGAGAGUGAUGACGAGAUGUUGUAUGAUGACGAUGGAGAUGAUUCAUUGUAUGACGAUCAUGUCAUAUUUGAUGACGACGAUACUAAUGGAAAUGGAAAUCGUUUUGGCAUGGGAGAAAUUAUUUAUUCUUUUCGCUCAUGUGAGGCAGCCGAUUACAUCUCAGAGCAUUAUCUUGAAGAUGGUGACUAUAUUGAGGAUAUUAAAUUGUGUUAUGCCAGUACUUUUUUCAUCACUCAUCAGAAACGCAUUUUCAUGAUUGGAAACAAUUUUUUGGAAAUUGGAAAUGACAAAACCCUUAUUGUUCCCCUUGAGGUGACGUGGAACGGUUGUCAUGACUCCAACAAAUUAAGGGAGAUUUCAUGUGGCCAUUUUCAUGUAGUACUGGUAACGGAGAAGAGAGAAAUUCUUGUAGGAGGGUCUAAUACGUACGGACAGCUUGGUUUGGGAUCGCAGACUGAUCACCAGGAGCACAACGAUCAUUUUGACGAUGAAGAAACUUACGAAGACAAUAGUGAAGAUAGCUCUGAUGAACACAGGUCUCCCAAGAAGGAAUCGCCUAAAAAAGUAACACCCACAAAACCAGCAAAUGCUUUGAAAACCCUAAACUUUUUUUAUUUGGAGCUCAACGGUGAUGUGGUGGAGUCUGUGGUGUGUGGCUCCUUUUUCACAGUUUUCCUGACCAAGCUUAGAAAAGUGUAUAUCUGUGGACAAAUUGGAUUUGAAGACUCGAACAUUCUUCAUGAACCCACACGAAUCACAUUCUUUGAUAAUAAUCGCUUAUUCGUGAGUAAGAUUUUCUGUGGUUCCAACGAUAUCAUUUUCCUCACCAAUGAUAAGAAGGUGUUUGGCUUUUCCUUAUUAGAACCAGAAACUGCGACACAAAAGCCCUCUCAUCUCACCUACAUGGAAUGUUUUUUAGAUCAAAAUCCUGGAACACAGGUCUGUUGUGGCCUUGGUCACACGCUAUUCCUAACGCCAGAUCACAAAGUUUUCUGUCAUGGUAGCAAUUGUGAAGGAGAACUAGCACUCUCUUCCAAAGUUGAGAAUGUUGAUGUCAUCACUCCAAAUCCCAGCAUUGAGACCGUGCUUGAUUCGAAUGAGCAUGUGACCUCGAUGGCAUGUGGAUCAGCCAUGUCCAUACUCACAACAAACAAAGGUUCUAUAAUAGUUUUUGGAGAUAACUCUGAGGGUCAACUUGGAAUUGGGCCCAAGCUAAAAACUGUAUUCACGGCCACUAAGGUUCGAGACCAUGCAGCCGACAUCCCUCAGAAAGUUAAGGUCAUCACAGGUUAUCACAAUACGUUUACUUUGCAUUUGCCUUAA